UGGAUUGGCGCCACCUGACGCCUAUGCUGGUUAGCGCUCGAACAGACGCCAUGUGCUCUUGUCCUGUCUAAGAUAUAUCAUUAUCGCAGCUCAAGGGAACCCGUACCACCACACCAUAGCAGAAUUCAGAUUCGUCAGUUCGCAGGCAGCUCAUCUCAGCCUACUGAAGAGCGCAAGGAAGAAGAAGAAUUCAGAUUUCUCCUAGAAUUGGCCAAGAGAGAGACGACAUGGUGGAGCAGAGCCAGAGGAAGCCAGGGGAUCAGGUGUUCUGGCCCAAGGUGGUGCUGAAGAAGUGGCUCAACCUCCGGAGCAAGGACUACAUGUUCAACGCCGACGAGGAUGACGAUGACGGCGGCGACGAGCAAGAAGACAACGGCGGGUGCGACGGCGGCGGCGAGGCAGAUGGCGGCGUGCCGAUCGCCGACGAGAGCCAAGUGGACGCCGUGUCGUACAGGCUGCGGCGGCGGAACUCGGAGACCAUGCGCGCGCAGUACAUCAACACCAAAGAGCUCAGGAUCUGCAUCGGCACGUACAACGCGGCCGGCAAGCCCCCUCCGGACGGCCUGGACAUCUCCCAGUGGCUAGGAACCGAUGCCGGCGGCGAGCAGGCCGACAUGUACGUGCUCGGGUUCCAGGAGGUGGUGCCGCUGAACGCCGGCAACGUGUUCGGUGCAGAGGACGGCCGGCCGGCGCUGGCGUGGGAGGAGCUCAUCCGCGACACGCUCACGCGGACCCAGCCCACGACCUCCAGGCCCAAGUACAGGUAUCGCAGCCACCCGGCCACGCCGACUCGCGACGGCUCCGACGAGCUGUUCCCCGGCGGCACGGACACGGAAACAGACGACGACACGCUCUUCAGCUUCCCGGUGCAGGCCGAGGAGUUCAUCGCCUCCACCCCGAGAAUGCUCGGGGCCAUGCACAUGGACGAUCCAGAUGCCGGCCAAGACGAGCAGCCGCAGCAGAGGACGCUACUGAAGACGAUGAGCAAGACGGAUAGGAUCGGGCUAGCCUGGCCGGAGCAGCCGCUGGACCUGCUGGCGAUGUCCACCGCGUCGACGUCGAUGUCAUCAUCAUCGUCGUUCAAGUCCUCGAGAUCAUUCGGCGCCCACAGGUCGUUCAUGAACUCGCGGGUGGCCGACGAGCCCCGGGACGAUGGUCCGGCGAUGGCCGCCGACCUCGACGACGCGCUUCGGGGCAAGAAGAGCGCCGGCAGGUCGCCGUUCGUAAGGAUCGUGAGCAAGCAGAUGGUGGGCCUCUUCCUGACGAUCUGGGUGCGGCGCGGCCUGCGGCGGUGCGUGCAGAACCUCAAGGUCUCCACCGUCGGCGUCGGCGCCAUGGGGUACAUCGGCAACAAGGGCGCGGUGUCGGCGAGCAUGUCGGUCUACCAGACCAUGUUCUGCUUCGUGUGCAGCCACCUGUCGGCCGGCGAGCGGCCCGGCGACCUCGUCAAGCGCAACGCCGACGUGCAGGAGAUCCACCGCCGGACGCGCUUCGCCGGGCCCGGCGGCCUCGAGCUGCCUCGAGACAUCUACGACCACGAGAGGAUAUUCUGGCUGGGCGAUCUGAACUACCGGAUCGACGUGCCGUACGGCAGAGCGCACGGCCUGGUCGCGGCCAAGGACUGGCCUCAGUUAGCAGAGAAAGAUCAGCUGAAGCGGGAGCUGAGGAAGGGACGAGCGUUCGACGGGUGGAGCGAGGGUGUGCUGGAGUUCGCGCCGACGUACAAGUACGAGAUCGGGUCGGGGAAGUACAUCGGCGACGACCUGAGGGGCGGCAGGAGGACGCCGGCGUGGUGCGACCGGGUGCUGUCGUUCGGGAAGGGCGUGAGGCUGCUGAGCUACGGGAGGUCGGAGCUGCCGCUGUCGGACCACAUGCCGGUGGCGGCCACCUACGCGGCGGAGGUGGAGGUGUUCUGCAGGAGGAAGCUGCAGAGGGCGCUCACGCUCACGGAUGCCGAGGUGGAGACAGGGGAGGUGGUCGUUGUGCCGGACCUUGGAUUUUGAUCGGCAUCGCGAACACACACUGGACAAUGCAGAAGCAAAAAUUCAGAGCUGAAUCCUGCUGCUAACAUCCCCAUUGUCCUUGUUAAAUUUUUUUAGUGUGAUCUUUGGUUUGUUGGGCGGGAUGAUGUCGUGUGAGAUACUUUGACGAAACAUGUCUAACCGAGUUUUGGCACCA